GGUAAAAACGAAAUGUAAAGGUGAGCGGCUGGCAGGCGAAAUCUCAAGCGCAGAUCAGGUCAAAAUAAAAGCAGAGCCAGAAACUCUGGCUCUCACAAUAGCCAAGCCAAGGCACAGCUGCAGACUGCUCUCUCUCUCGCACUCGCAGUAUGGCCCUCCCACUCUCACUCACGGCGGGGCAUCCACAGGUAAUCGUAAACGUAGCAGCGUUUUAAAAAGUCAGCGUAAUACGAAGUGAUACGGCCAGAUACGUUGGGCAACCUCUUCUGGCCAACGAAUGCUCUACAUUGCGUUGGAAAAUGCAGAAAAAACACCACACAGAGUGCCCCAGAAACAAAUGAAACGCUAUCUGAAAGUGCGCAAUUAUCACCUGGUAUAUCCUUAAAUGUGUGCUACAUUUUAGAGGUAUCAUUAUUCUUGGAUCAGAUAACCACACAAAUAAUAUCUGACUAUUUUGAAUAGUAACUUUGUCCAUUUUGGUGACAUACCUCAAAACGGUUGUAAUUGAAUUCCCUAAAAAUGUGUCUUAAAAUUUUUCAUUUUGGAGAUGGUCAAAAUUUUGACCCCUGUUCAUGUCAGAUUUUUCCAAGUUUCUUAUAUUAUAGAUCCCUAUACUGUAUAAUAUACAUAUAAUAAGAAAUAGUUGAAUCGACUCUCGAUUAUACAUAAGUAAAAAAUAUUUUGUUCCUUUUUUUUAAAUGAAAGUGCGGACCUCAGUGGUAGAAAAUAGGAACACCUCUUUAGUUGGGACUUUAAGAUUAGGCGCCAGCUGCAAAGCACAGCAACUUGUUGACUGUGUACUUUACAGGAGGGUAUUGUUACAUAGGUAGGCACUUCAAGAACAAUCCCCUGAUUUCCCCCUCCCCCGAAAUACCCGAAAUACCCGAAUACCCAAUAGCAAUGGCAAAAACGAUGCGGGGAUAAUCCGGCAGCAUCUUAACUCCGACAGAUGCGCAAGGGCAUUUAAGAUUCGCAUCGAUUGCAGGUCGCUCUCUCACAGGUAAGAUCUUGUGUAUAUAUCCCAAUUUCUUGGCACUAUUGUUGUUGUUGCUGGUCGUUCUGUUGUUUAGUGUCGCUCGUUGUUGUUGUUGUUUCUUCACCCGAUUUGCGGCGAAUUUGAAAACGCUCAGGUAAAACGAUCACCGCUCUCUCACCUGGCCUACAGUGUAUUUGUGUGCAUGUGUGUGUGUGUGGGCAAUGCUGCCAUAUAAGCACUCAAGAUCUCAGCAUUUCUGCAUCUGUAUCUGUAUCUGUGUGCCCGCAUCUGUGUCCGUGUAUCUGUGAGCCGAGCCUGCGUGGGCCAUCGAUUGUCUUUUGGCAAAAAACGAAAGAAAAAAAUCCGAUAUCUGUUCGAGCGUUGUCAACAUUGUUAGGGCAGAUCCAAGAUCUCCGGGACUCUUCACCUGUUCCCGACUGCAACCCACAAGAAAUCGGGGUUUUUACGCCUGCGCCAUGUGCUCCGCGGGACAAAAUGGGCCAAAAGGACACUGUUACGGCAGGUAAAACCGUUUUGACCUUUUGCCAGGGAACAAAAGGUGGCUCGGUGAUCGGUGGAAAAGCGCAACCAACUCGAGAGCCGCAUUCGAAUCUCGGAAUCCCACGCUGCGACUCUCGAGAGGCGUUGCAUUGUCUCGCUCGGCGCUUUGUUUUAAGAGCAUGAAAAUACAUUUAAAUUGAAAAGCGUUUGGCUUUCUCGAGUAUUCGGGGCGGGGAAAGCGCCGUUCUGCGUUCUUCGUUCUACCAUCUUCGAUCCGCAGCCAUAAUCAAACGUAUUAAUAGCCGUCCGUCUGGGGAGGAGACCUCAAUCAAAAGGGCCAGUGCCCAACCCGUACGAAAUCAUCUGUCAAAAUCGAAGAGCCAUGCAACUGACAGGCCCGAACAUCGAGUUGAGAACGAUCUGAGAACUCCGAAACCACUUCGGGCCACUCCGCCACUCCACCACCGAGCUGAUCCACAGGUAAACGCCGCUCUAAAAAGGUGUAAGAUGCCGAGAUGCCCCGACCCACACUCAUAAACAUUUGAUCGAGCGUACAAAAUGCCAAGCGAGGAGAAAUGUUUGAUUUUUUUCUACUUUUUGUUUUUUAUUUGUAACUCCCCCACUCCAGCAGCACAGCACUCCACUCCAUCUGCCUAUGAUCUCCUCGGGUUUUUCCUAUUUCAAAAGAAAGCCUCGAAGAAGCAGACCCUUGAAGUGAUUCCUGGCCGCUCUACAGGUUGUCGGAUCCAUCGGAAUCAUCGUGAUCAUCACCAUCGAUGUCUGGAAGUCGGGGAGUCGCAGUCGAGGCGUUACUUUCAAGUGCCACGCAGAUUAAGAGCAACAAAAGAUCGGCUCAGGAGGCGCUCAAGUGUCUCGUCCCGAGGAGGGAUGCUCCAGCCCAUAGGGCGCAACGAAUUGGUGGCAUUGUGCGGCUGAAGUGUUGCACAUUGGCACAUGAUGCUCGACAAGGGGAAAAAUAAAUACAUACAUAUGUACUCAAUACAUAACCACCACGCUGCAUUCCUUUAUUUGCGAAGAAAAUAUUGAAUAUUACAUUUAAAGGCUAUUUAAAGAAACCUUGGCGACUUAAGAUAAAUUCGCAUAUUUACCAAGGUUUUCACAUACCACAGGCAAAAUAUUGGUUUUAUUAGCGAAGCUAUAACGUCUUAAAUGUGUGAAAUAUUAAAUAGCAAUAUGUAUAUCCAAGAAGUAAUAAAUAGGAAUGCUUUAUUUAGUGUUUUCUUAAAUUUAAAAGCAUAAAUUAAUUUUAUGAAUAUUUGACUGUUUAAAGAUUUUGGAACAUUAAUAUUCCAAUUAACUUGUUUGCAUGCUUACAUGUUAUAUAAAUCAUUGGACUGUCAUUUGAUACCCCAAUAUUUUAAACACAAUAUAAUGACCUCUCUAAAAAUACGACAAAAUUGGCAAGCUGUUUGGCUUUGCCAAGCUAUUAAUAGUUUACCCAAAGUUUCCCCAACCAUUAUAAAAUCAUUAGGUUGUUUUCAAAGAAUUCCCCAGUAAUCUUUGUGUUAAGAAAAUAUUUACAAAAGAUUUUAUGCAAACAAGACAAUAACCUCUGAAUUAAGCAGUUGUGUCGCCUUCAUUUUGGCCAACUUCAAACGCGUGCCAGCCCUAACACCUGAAUCCGCGUAAUUGGAUUACUGGGCCCUUUUGGCCGAGACUAUUACCUUGGCAAAGGGUAUAUCUCUCGAUACAGACGAUAGAUAGAUCGAUCAGAUUCCGGCUGCGGUUGUGCUUCAUCAGCAUUCAACUUGUCACAUGGCUGUGAAAAGCUGCUUAGAAUUAAAGCUAAUUGCCGGGGCCCCAAAACAUGAUGCGGCACAUUUGGCUUUGAUGGCUCUUUAGGGCCAGCAGCGCCGAGUGGCAUUCCUCCUAUUCAGCCCGGCUAAUUGGUCGCCAGAUCGAGCAAAGCCUUUACUUUAGCUUCAGCUUUAACUUUAACUUUAACCCCCAACCAAAAAGGCAGGCGUGCAAAUACGCAGAAACUUUGACUUCUCAUCUCAUCGUUUUAGCAUAAAGAGUUUUGUUUUUGUUAGUGCCUUUGGUUUUGCUGGGCUUUUUACUGAUUUUUUUUAUUGAUUGUCGCCGUCGUCUACUGUGUUGGUUCACGACUCACGUUUCAAAAUAAAAACACAAAAACAAGCUGGAAAAAAAAAACGAUGAAACGAAAUACAAAAUACAGAAAGAGUGCCCCAACGUCUCUCGGAACGAUUUCGAGUUUUUUUUUUUUUUUUGAGCUUAGCUCUGUGUUCCUCGUAUUUUUAUUUCGCCGUUCGCUUUUCGUUCCUUUUAAUGUCUUUGUAAACAUAAUUGCAACAACUCCAAUAACAGAUUGUUUGCGAGUUUAAUCGUUUUGUCGUGAAGUGUGAAAUAUGAGCGGCCAAGUCGCUGGGGAGCUUUCGGCGGAACUCAGUUCGAGGGUCCGAGUACUCCUCCCCCGCACCUCCACCCUCGACCUAAAAAUACUCACAAAAAAUAUGUAUUUUAGUUGAGGCUGUCGAGCAUUUGCAAUGUGUGGCUUGUGCCGCCAAAUGUAAAUUAUGGUCCAUCAAGCCAGCGAGCAACAUUGUUGGGCGGCCAUUUUGGCAGCGCACGGCAACAACAAGUUCAAUUAGCGCAUCGCUUCGAUUUGCUAAAUUUAAUCCGGGCUCGGAGCACGAAGUGAAUGCCACUCCGGUCAGAAGAUAAGCAGAAGCAGCUCCGGAGAAAGAGAGAAUCUUCUGGCGGCGAUAAGCGCGACGAGAAUUUGAGGAACGGACGUUUUAGCCACGCACACGUGUGCUCCACGCAGAGAAAAGCCAGCAAUCUCAGUUCGUCUUCUAUAUAAAAGACUUCCAUCGCAAUAUUUAGUAUCAGGUGUAGUAUAAAAACCACUUAAAUUGUUUACAAACAAAAUUGAAUACUCUUGAUAGCACAAUCUUGUGUUGCAUAUUAUACAAAACAAUUCAUUUUUAAUGUUGUUCAUUUAUUUGGGUUAACUUUAUAAUACUAAGUCGGAAAUACUCGUAUAAAUUAAUUUUUUCUUAGAAGUCAAUUUUUGGGAUUUACUUAUUUUAAUUCAUUUUAAUUUAAUUGAAAAAAAUACGAUUCAAGAAUGAGAAUCGCAAAAAGUUGUACAUUUUGUUUAAUUAAUAUUUGAAUGAAUUGAUAAAGCUUCCAUCGCAAUAUUUAGUAUCAGGUGUAGUAUAAAAAACCACUUAAAUUGUUGACAAAAUUGUAUACUCUUGAUAGCACAAUCUUGUGUUGCAUAUUAUACAAAACAAUUAAUUUUUAUUGUUGUUCAUUAGUUAGUUGACCCAAAUAAACUUUAUAAUACUAAGUCGGAAGUACUCGUAUACAUUAUUUUUUCUUAGAAUUAGGUUGUUGGGAUUUACUUAUUAUGACUCAUUUUAUGUUAUUCACAAAAAAAUACGAUUCAAGAAUGGGAAUCGAAAAAAGUUGUACAUUUUGUUUACUUAAUAUUUGAAUGAAUUGAUAAAGCUGCGAAGGGCAAAAUGUCAGAGUUGACUAAUGUUUAACACCAAAUUUAUUUAAUUAAUUACCCGAAAAAAACCCCAAAUUUCUGUCCGAUUUUAGUUCGUUUUUUUUUCUCUCUGCAGCGAUUGGGUUGGCGUUUGCCUUUGGACCUUGGAGAGCAGGGCGCCCGUCGACAACAGCAUGUUGCAACAACACUCGACAGCGGCAACCUGUGGAGCCUGCGUGCCAUUAGCCAUGGAGCAUGAAACAAAAGCCGAGCCACAAAGAUGGAGCACUCGGGAGGAAUGGAAGUGAAGUGGAAUGGAAUGGAAAGGAAUGGAAAGGCAAGGAAGGGAAAGGAGUGCAGCAGUGCAGCAGAGUGGAGUGGCAGUGUGGAGUGGAGAAGGCCUGCCACAAUGCAUUUGCGAUAAAUGGCAGGCUUGGAGGCCUGGAAGGCCCUUAAAAGCCAGCGACAACAACAGCAGAAGACCACGACGACGAAGAAGUGAAAGAUUUGCGCAGUGAGAUAGCUCAUUUUGGAUGUGAGUCGGGUCUGGGCCAGUUCUUCGUUUGUUACCUUGGCUAAUCGGCGGCUAUGUAAGAUGGUUGUUGUACGUGCGGCGACAGAGCCGCAGCCUCAGUUCCAAAGUCAAGACCACGAACGUGCUGUUUCUGUUGCUGUUGCCUGUUGCCUGUUGCCUGUUGCUGUUCGAUGUUGCCGAUGUUGACACCAGCAACACCAACAACAACAACAGCAGCAUAAGCACCAGCAACAUCAGGCGACCACAGCCGCAUUCCGAAAUGUAAGGAUUCAUGCAGCUUGGAAGAUCCGAGAUCCGAGGGCCGCCCCACUUGGCAGCAGCCCCGGCAAGGUCAAUAAAUCCAGAAAUCCAGAUCCACUACCGAUUAGUGAUGGCUAGCGUAUUAUUUCCCUUGAGCCAAUAAGGCAAUUUAGUCAAGGUCCACAGGCUUUAAUUUGUUGCAUGUGCAAUUGUAAUUGGUUUAUUGAAUUUGCAACUUUUUCGUUUUUAAGAUUUUCGAUAUAUUAUUAUGGCCUUUAAAAAAUGAAUUAACCUUUUUUAUAAAAUUUUACUUCUUGUAUUUUAAUAAGUUUACAUUUUGUAUUUACCAUCUUCUAAAUAAAUAUUUAGAAAACCUUAACAUUAAGCAUUGUAAACCCAGAAAUACCACAAGUCAUUUAAAGCCUAUCGGCAUUUAUCUAGAUACAUUCCAUCAUUUGGAUGGUGAGUAAACGUUUGGCUGGCAUUUAAAGCCCCUCAGAACAAAACCAUAAAAACCUCAUUUACAAAAUCGCUGGAUUUUGCCUGCUUGUCACACACUGAAUACAAACAAAGCUCUCAUAAUUAGAAGAAAAUUAAUUUCGUAUCUUUACCUCUGCUUCGAAGUUCAAACAUUCCAAUUCGAAUAUUCAAAUUCCAAUGCUAUUCAUUUUUUGCGGCUCAUUUGCUUAUUUGCUUAUUUCAAAUGAAAAUGAUUAUUUCUUUCUGAGUUUGUUGUUGCUAUCUCGCCUUUUGAUUUGUGUGUGUGUUUUUGUUUUUUUUUUUUUGUUUGUUUCAGAGUGUGUGCAGUCAGAGUUUCGAACUUAAACAGGUUUGGGCCACAAAACAGCAGCAGCAGCCAACGUUGGCCGUUGGUUACCAAAGCUUCGACUUGGCCAGCGAGAAAACGAGAGAGAGAGAGAGAGAGAGAGAGAGAGAGAUCGAGGAGAUCGGAGAACGGAGAACAAGAUGCUGGCUAACUGGCAAGCUGGCAAACCCACACACCGAUCUUUCUUAACUCUCUUUCCAAAGAAACGAUUGCUCAGCAUCCACACACACACACGCACACACUCACACAAGCAAAGCUAGAUAAAUAGGGGGAAUUUGUGGGGAUACUGGGUCUUUGUUUCCCCUCAAAAAUUCCCCCAGCUGCAAACUAAAGAUAAGAGGCCAGAUUUAUGUUUUGCGAAACAAAAAUAUUGUUCAGAUAUCAAAGGUUAUCAACGCUUGUCAAUAAAAAACAAUAUUUAUUUUGAGGACUUUUUUUUUGGUAUCAAGCUAAUUAAUCAAAUAUUCGCUAAUCUACUUUAAAUUGUUUCAUAUAAAAGAACUUUAGAAAAGUCGCAAAAGAUGCGCGUUGGCGACUUAUCUCUGUUUACUUCAGAAUAACGAAACCGCAGAGCCUGGCCAUUUAAUCUCUUCAAGGGGCCGAUGCCAUGAAGAUCGUCGCAGGUUUUUUUACUUUGCUUUCAGUACUGAAAUUAUGUAUAGGAGAAACACAUGUCUCAUAUUUGGAGCCCGAUUGUGGAGUCUCAGUUUCGGGAUCCAGCACUAAGAGCAGCAGGAUCAUCAAUGGCCGUGUGGCAGAUAUUUUUGGCAACCCAUGGAUGGCACUGAUCAGCGGUGGAAUUAUGUGUGGUGGUUCCCUAAUUACAAACCGAUUUGUGCUUAGUGCAGCACAUUGCAGAAGUUACAGUCCCACAAUGGUUUACCUAGGCGAGUUCGACAGAUCUACCAUCACGGAUUGCUCUACCAAAGCCUGCAUGCCAAAUGCAAUUGGAGUCCAAGUGGACGCACAAAUAGCUCAUCCCAACUACGUGCACUUUUCCCAAAAUGACAUUGCUCUCUUUCGACUGGUUACCCCGGUACAUUAUACAGCCUUCAUUAAACCAAUCUGUUUGCUGACCAACUACAAUCCAUUGGCCCACAUCCGAUCUCUGACUGCCGUGGGUUGGGGAACCACCGAAUUGGGAGUGGCAAGUAAUGUUUUGAGGACCGCCACCCUAACGCAAGUGGAUCGGUCCUACUGCUCUGCCAAGUACAGAUACAGAGUGGAUAUGUCCCACAUUUGUGCCGGAGACUACAGUUCGAGUACCUGUGCAGGAGACUCCGGCGGGCCAAUAUCCGCCAUGCUACCCAUUUCCGGAGUCAAUCGAGUGGUUCAGUUCGGAAUAGUCAGCUACGGAAACUACGAUUGCAGAGAGGUGGGGGUGUAUACGAAUGUCAUGCACCACAUUGACUGGAUUGCAAAUACCAUACGACAGGGAGGAUCUCAAACCCCACGAGUGUACUACUAUAUGCCUUGGCAGUCAGUUUGUCGACAUUGCUUGGAGAUGAUGUACGCAAAAUACGCUUUUCUGAUGUUCCUUCUCGGUAUAGGAAAGAUAUCUGGAGAAGAGUCAUCAAACUUUCUUGACGAAUCUUGUCAACGGAACCUCGGCUCAGCAAGGAUAGUGAAUGGUCAUGAAGCUCAAGAAUCCACAACUCCAUGGAUGGCGAUGAUCGUAAAUAAGGAGGGUUUAAAGUGUGGCGGCACAUUGAUUACAAAUCGCUUUGUCCUGACGGCCGCACAUUGCUUGUUAGCCGGUAAUCUGAAAGUAAGAUUGGGCGCAUAUCAUUUAAGGACGGAGGAGAGUGCAGUGGUCCAGGAGUUCGAAGUCGAUGAAUCCUAUCAACACGAGAAUUACACGGAGUUAAGGCACGAUAUAUGUCUCUUAAGACUGGCCAAAAGGGUGAAGUUUACAGCUCACAUCAGACCGAUUUGUUUGCUGCUGGACCCGCGUCAUCGAAAUCUUGAAGAUAUGGUGAGAAAAUUCAGAAUAUACGGCUGGGGUCAGACCGAAGAUGGUGACUUUAGCCAAACGCUGCAAUGGACAUCGCUUCACCUUCAUCGGCGUGCAGAGUGCUCUAAGUUUUAUCCCGAAGUGACCAUUGGCCGGGAACACAUCUGUGCAGGACGAGAUAAAAGCGGCUCCUGCACAGGCGACUCUGGCGGUCCUUUGACCGGCAACAUACAAAUUGACCGUGACCGUGAGACUGUAAUCCAGUUCGGAAUCGUUAGCUUUGGGGCCGAGAACUGCACUUAUCCCACCGUCUUUACAAAUGUCAUGGCCCAUUUGGACUGGAUAGUGGAUGUCGUUCGCAGUCAAGAUAAAAAUACUUCAAAACUUGAGUUCAUUUCUUCAUUUUAAACUUAUUUUAAUUG